ACGGCGACAGUGCCGUAAAAACAUCGUUUUCUUUUUCGAGGAAUACCGAUCUCGAGCCGCCUCGAUUAUCCGAAUUUCCGAGCGUCGCCAAAAAUUUCGAGAAUCGUCCGAUCGUCCUUGCGUUCCUUCUUCAAGAUGAGGGCGAAGGGAAGAUGAGGGAGGGGAUCAAAGCGAUGUCUCGAUUAUAUAAAAGCGAAUCGUCGAAGCUGGCCAAGAUCGUGGAAGUAGCCACGGUGUCGAUAUCGAGCGAAGAAGCGAACAGAAGCCAGGCCAGAAACGCUCUCCUUUUACUCGGUUCGAAAGCAGAUCCAUUCGAAAGGCGAGGCGUGUCAUCGAUUUUUAAAGAAUUCUUCGCGAAUCGUAUUCGCGUACACGGAAAUUCGUUCGAUGCGGUUUCGAAAGCGCGGAAAUCGUGAUCGUCGAAUAUUUUACCGAUAUUCCCGCGAACGAUCGAUCGACGACGAGUUUUAAUCGAGAAGGUGGAAAGAGGAAGAGAAGCGGGGGAAAAAACGCGAAGAAAAUCGGUUACGAUUAAUAAGAUUAUUGGUAACGCGUCACACGUCGCGAGAAAUUUUCCGAUUAAUUUACGUCAAUGGUAAAAGUCCAGAUAUAUUAUUGGAACAAAUAGGUCGAUCGAAGCGAAGGAAAUGGUAAUGAAAGAUGGGAAAAGGGGGGAGGGGAAAAAAAAAGUAAGUAUUCCGAUAGGAUGGGUAAAAGUGGAAGGUUAUCGGACAGGCGUAGACGGCACUGAGGCCCAGGUGGAGGUGGUAGCCGGGCCCCAUUCUCUGUUGGUCCUGUCGUCUGUCAGUGGAGCUCAGUCAGCAGACAGUCGGUCCGUCCGGUCAGCUGGUCCCGUCCAAUCGUGUUAAAAGCUACCCGAUGGUAAGCCGAAGGCGAAACACCCGAUAGAACCCGGGUCAAUCGAGGCUCGAUCAUCAAGGAUCGUCGAAAGAAAAGGGCGGCCCGCGCGCCGCAUGUGCGCGAGUGUAAAAACUUCUCCACCGGAAACACCAACGACACGGUGCGAGGUACCAACUAAAUCGAACGGCAGAGGAACACGGAGUGGCGGAGGAGAACGAAGGAAGAAGAUAGAAACGCGACGGGGACGGUGUACACCUGGUCAGGCAGGAAAUGACUAUAUCGUACGCGAGCGAAGUGCCAAAUGGCUCCAGCUUCGGCUGCUUCUGGAGGAUCUUGGUCAAAUGGAGGGGAUCCGUUUACAAGCUAAUCUGGCGAGAAUUGUUGGCCUACCUGUUCGUCUACUACGUCAUCAAUUUCACGUAUCGAUAUGCGUUGAACGAGCAGCAGCGGGUAAUCUUCGAAAAGAUCCGAUACUACUUCGGCAAUUCUAGCGAAUCGAUACCGAUGUCGUUCGUGUUGGGAUUUUACGUGAGCCUGGUGGUGAAGCGAUGGUGGGAACAAUACAAGCUACUACCCUGGCCCGACAACUUGGCCCUUUUUAUCAGCGCGGCUAUACCUGGUAACGACGAAAGAGGCAGACUGAUGAGGAGAAACAUCGUGAGGUACGCGGUACUCGCCUACGUCAUUACGCUGCAAAGGAUUUCGUUGCGCGUUAAGAGACGAUUCCCCACGCUUCAGCACAUCGUAGAUGUUGGUCUGAUGAUGGAAUCCGAGAAGAAGAUCUUCGAAAUGAUGAACAAGAAGGCCGCGAUGUCGAAAUAUUGGAUGCCACUCGUCUGGGCGACGAAUAUCAUCAACAGGGCGAGGAGGGAGGCCUUGAUAACCAGCGACCAAGUAGUGCAAACCCUUCUCGUCGAGUUGAGCGACAUCCGGAAGAGGCUUGGCGCGCUCAUCGGUUACGACACCGUUUGCGUCCCCCUCGUCUACACUCAGGUGGUCACGCUAUCGUUGUACGCGUAUUUCUUCUCCGCCUUGCUCGGCAGACAAUUUAUCGAGCGAACCGACGUCGGAGGCGGCAAAUACGAGGAACCUGACAUGUAUUUCCCAUUUUUCACGGCUUUGCAGUUUUGCUUUUACGUGGGAUGGUUGAAAGUCGCCGAGGUAUUGAUCAAUCCUUUCGGCGAGGACGACGACGAUAUCGAGUUAAAUUGGCUGAUAGAUCGUCACAUCAAGGCGGGAUACAUGAUCGUGGACGAAAUGCACGAAGAGCAUCCGGAGCUGUUGAAAGAUCAGUAUUGGGACGAGGUGGUGCCCAAAGAUCUACCGUACACGGUGGCGAGCGAGCAGUAUCGAAGGGAGGAGCCAAAGGGUUCCGCGGAGCAUUACAAGGUGAAAGAUAGCGAUGCACUGUACGCGAACGUGAUGCUGGGCACACAGAUUCACAAUCACGUUCAGCAUCGCAAGACCCACCAGGACGACAUGUACGCCGAUUACGAGAGCGUCGACACACCGUUAGUCGAGAGAAGGAAAAAUUGGCUGCAAAGACAAAUCACCAGGAUGGGCUCCGUUCGUAGCUCCUCGACCACGUACAGCAGCGGCGGCGGUUUCUUCUCUAGAAAUCGUCACAACAGCGUUUACAGCAGCCCCGAAACCGGAGGUUUACCACAGACCAACAAUCCGAAUCUCAAGAUGUCCCUGUACGAUCGGCUGGUGGGGAGGAAAAGUAUUCGAAGUCAAAGAAUGGGUCGACAAGGUACGAUGACGAAGCUGAACACGGUGCCGGUCUCGCUGAAGAACCGACCCCGCAUACCGACGCCGGACGUGACGAAGGAGGUGGUGGAUCGGGAGCAGAGAUUGGCGCUGUCGGCGACGAACGCGGCCAACAUCGGGGCGGGCGUGGUCGGGGUGAUACCGGCCAACGGUCACUACCCGACCGAUCUGCCCGUGGUCCAGGUGGUGCUCUCCCCCAUACAGGAGGCGGAGGGGACGCCGGUGACGGGGAAGUCGGGUGCGGCGGCGCUGGCGCAGGCGGUCCUCUCGCCGACGUUGACGAGCGCCGGCCUCGUGGCGCCCGUCACCCUCACGCCCGUCACCGUGUCCCAACUGACGCAGCUGGGCCUGGUGACCACCACCUCCGCGUCCAUGAUCAAGUCGACGAACCAAGCCAACGCGCCGUCCCACCAGGCCACCCUGACCGAGGUGAACAGCAGCGAGGAGGAGGGGUCGGGCAGCGGGAGCAGCAGGAGCGGCAGCAUCACCGGCCAGGAGGAACGGUCCACGCCGCUGAUGAACCAGGACAGAAGCACGCCCCUGAUCGGGGAGAGCGGGAGCCAGGCGGGCAGCAACGGCAGCUCGCCGACCUUCGACAGUUACAACGACCGCUCGCCCAUCCUGAUGAACCCGGAGAAGCUGAGUUACGUGGUGGCGACCGCGCAAGACGCGGCCAAGGUGGACCCGCGCGGGAGGCGGUCCGCCUCGCUGCCGGGCCCGCCGCUGGUCCAGUGCAGGGAGGACAGGAGUAUGUCGCUGCCGCAGUCGCCGGGCCUUCAACCGAGGGAGAGUCGGGCCGCCUCGGUUUCGAGCGGCCACGCGGAGCCGCCCAACGUGGUGGACGGCCUGGUGGCGCGCGUGCUGCCCAGGGGGGCGGAGGCCAGACCGAGGACCAACAGCAUCGGCCACGACCUCUGCAGACCGUCGCCGGGUCACCGCCAGGCGAUCGGGCAGGACGCCUCGAGGAAGAUCAGCAGCGUGUCGUGCACGAACGCGUCCCUCUCGGGCGGGUUGGCGACGGGCGCGGCGGCGACCACCGUGAUAUCGGCCACGCCCCCCGUCUCGAACAGUAAAAGGGGAGAGGUGUACGUCUGAUCCGGAAUCCGGGAAUCUACGAUUCGUGAACAGAUCGAUAGAUUCGGCGCCGUCCCGAAUCGAGCGCGGUUCCCACGCGCCUCGCCCGAAAUCCGACUCCGUCCAUCGUCGCUCGCCGCGUUUCCUCUCUCGCUCGUCGCGCGGUCAGAGCGGCGAGUCAUUUCCGAUCGUGCAUUUUUUCCUCUCUCCCGUCUUCGAUCGAGGCGUCCUCUCGCGCUCGCUCGCCUGUAAAUACGAUCUUAAUUUAUAAACGCUCUCGAUUCGCACCGCGAUAUAUACGUAUAUACAUAUGUAUAUAUAUAUAUAUGAUUAAUCUCGACUCGUCCCGCCGCGUUUAAUCGUUGUACGGCGAUCGUCCGUCCGCACCUUACGUAUCUCGCGAUGGGAUCGAAUUCGUUCGUUUCCACGGGUUUUAUUGUCACGCGGAAAUCGCGCGAGUAUUUCUCCCUUCUUUAUCGUAUUUAUGUAUGUGCAAUAACGAGCGGUCGACGCUCGUAAUCUACGUUACGAAAAACCGCGUCGUUCCCCGAGUUUUUUUAGAUUAGAAGCUAUCACCGUUCACGCGAUGCACGGGUGAAAAGAGUAGAUACGAUUUCGAGUACGUCGCAUGCACAAACGCGCAUACGCGAUAUGCAAAACACCGUGAUGAUACGACGACGAUCGGCCGGCUUCAUCUUCCACUUUUCUACGCGAGUACGCGCGCCGAGAAAUCUCGAGUCUCGUGCUGAAAAGUGGCAUUGCCCGACCAGACGAAACCGUCCUCGUUUUUCUCUUUUCGCCACGGUUUUCGUCGAAUCGUCGGUGGAUUCUUUUUCUUUUGUUUCGUUUCUCUUCUCUCUCUCUCUCUCUCUCUCUUCUGCACCGAAUUUAUAUUUACACUCGACACGCGAAAAGAGGAUCGAUCGAAUGUCGAAUUUGUUCGCGAUGAUCGGCAGAGGAAAUGCGUCGGGUCUAUUGCGAGCUGGAAAAUGACGAGUGCAUCUAUAUAUAUAUAUAUAUAUACAUAUAUAUAUACGCGUGUGCACGAAUAUACCGCAAACGUUUGCCAUAUUUGCCAUACUCGGAGACACUUUGCGCGAGAUAAUUGCGAGCGAGCAAUGCCGAGAUUCUUCCAAGUGACUCGAGUUGCGCAACCAUUUCCUCUUCUUACUUCGGUUCGCCACGAGAUCUUCACCAUUAUUAUUAUUAUUAUUAUUUUUAUUAUUAUUAUUAUUAUUAUUAUUAUUAUUAUUAUUACUGUUAUUAUUACUACCGUUAUUAUUAUUCCACGAUUGUUAGCAAUUGUAUUAAGUUAGUUUUUUUAUCGAUACGAGAAACGUAAAUUCGUGCGCGUGGGGGAGGGAGGGGGGUGGGGGAAGGGUGCAAGUGCGAAUAUCGAUGAUGCGAUCGAAGGAGAAACUCGAUCGAAAAAUAGGGAAUUAGGGAGACGAUUUAAAUUUAGAUUUAUCUUAUUGCAUCGCAUUUGUCCCUUGUUUAAAUUACGAUCGUUCGAUCGUGCGAACAGCUCAAGUACUUACUUUUCUGUAAACUCGUCGUUGAUAGAUCGCUUAAUUACACACACAUACACACAACAAAAUAUAUAUAUAUAUAUAUAAUUCGGUGUACAUGAAGGAUGAUUCUGGCCAUCGAGCCAACGUACGUGUACAUAGUAGAGCAAUUAAGUUAAGGUUAUUAUUUGGUGUAUGAGAUUAUGAACAUGCUCAAUGCCAAUGCUCGACGCGCGAUACUUGUUAUAUCGAAUGCGUUUCAAUCGUCGAUGCGAAAUCGAGCAUCGUCUUUGUUUUAUUCGUUAGCCGAUAAGGAAUAUGGCCUGAAGUGCAAAAAUAUGUAAAUACGGGGGCGUAUUUUUAAUCGAUUUGUUAUCACGUUCUACUUUAUCCUUUUUCUUUCUCGAAAUCGUAAGAAAUCGUGUUGAUUCCUGUCCGAAAUCAACCAUUUAAUUUAAACGAUUUAAUUUAACGUCGGGGACGUUGAGUAACGACAAUCUAAUAAAUUUGUUUAGUUGCAUAACACGCGAGGUCAUGCGCGAUCGCUUUUUGUUAAGUUAAAAAAAUUAAAAGAAAAAAAAAAGAAAAAAAAGAACAUUCGUUUCGUUUUCGAUGAUCGAGAAAAAUGCUCUCGAGCCGAGAUAAACAAGGUUCCUUUCGAAAGGAACUAGAAUGUUAAGAAUAAGUGUAAAAAAAAAAAAAAAAAAUGGAAAAAGAAAGAAGAAAAGCGGAAAAAAAAAAUGAUGACAUUUAGAGCGUUUUCUCCGUUUUGACCGGCACUCUGUCAGUACUCGAGAAUUGCGUUCGUUUUUCGAACAAAUACAAGAUACGUGCAUACCGAUUUGUAGAUAUUUAACACAUUUAGUAUUUGUAUAUAGAUUACACCUCAUUUCCGUUAUGAUUUUUCAGAUCCGAGACUUUCUUCAAACUACGUAGACGAAGAAUCGUUUCGGUAUCCGAGCCGCGUCUGCGUGAUGUAAACGAAUCACACGUAAGAAUAGUAAUGCAUUAUUAUCUAUAUUCUGCAAUAAAAAUAAAUGUUUUCAAAAGCA